CAGAGUAAAGUAACCGAGGAACCGAGAAUGUGCUGAACCUUUCAGCGCUGUAUGUCAGACACUCUAGAGAUGACUGAACCCACAUUCUACAUUUUCAGGACUCUUUUCUGUUGAAUGAGAGCCUUUCCUCUUGUUCCACCUUUAGAGAAAUGCAAGGGGGUUUGGAGAAUGCAGACUUGAAGCAGAUGAACCCAUUUACAAUGAGAGAACAGUAAUGACAACUGUUGGUGAACUGGAUUGGAGAAAAAGGAACACGGACGGUAGGGAAGAGGUUCUUAGAUGACAUUCGGAUUUAGAGCAUUCCUCUUCACCUUCCUUCGUAUUAUUACUGACAUCCUCCUGGUUAUUGUUAUUUACUUUUAUGACAAAUUCACACAGGCUGCAUGGAUUAACCAGCAACUUACUUGUUUUGAAGCAUAGAGGUGCACAUUGUUUCAAUAAAUUUCUGUCAGAAAUAUAGGCAAUACAAGAAAAAAUUUCAAAAUGAGGCGACAAUGCCAAAAAUGCCGUUUAUGGUAGUAAGCCAUCACCCUGGGGCUUGGAGCAAUAAGUGCUCAGUGCCUUGCUACAGAUGACUGAAUCCAUGCUCUUUUAACUAUUAUUGCAAAGUUAAAUUAGUAGCAGUGGAAUAUUGUGAGUGAUAUAUCAACAUCAUCGUCAUCCCGGGAGGAAAACUCAAUGAGAAAGCAUUUGGUUUCUGUCAGUUCUAAGAUGAACGUGUGGUGCAAGAAAGCUGAAAGGUUUACUGAAAGAAUACGAAGAAAAAGAAAGUAACUACACACCUUCCUUUCAUGACAAUUAAAAGUGUUCUGCAGAGUUGCCUCAGCCUCUUCUACUGUAGAAAUUUUACAUAAUGCUGGAAGAUGUAUUUUCUGUUGGAAUGCUGCUUUCUGCUUUUUUUCUUUGCUCCUGAUCCUAAGUGCUGUUUUAGUUGUCUGUCUUCACUAAAAGCAGGUGCUUAUCCGAUUUUUUCAAGUGUUUGGCUCCAAAAAUUGUCAUAAGCAGAACAAUGACAGCACAGGUGUUUCAAACUACAGUCUGGUUUUAAACUGUUUCUAUUUUACAUGAACAAGCCAAUGACUGCAGAUGUACAAAAGUGACCCUCCGUACAUUAUGGUCAAGAUUAACAGGAAGGAUCUAUUUGAUUGCAAUCAGAAGCUGAUUUUGUGUUAAAGUACAUGCACAACUUCAAUUUAUUGGAUUUGAUGAAUUCCUGUAAAUGAAGAUUCAUGGAAAUGAUGCAUGUGAAUAAUUUCCCCUUCAGGAGGCAUUCGUGGAUAUGUUUUGACGUGGACAAUGGCACAUCCUCAGGACGGAGUCCCUUAGAUCCAAUGACAAGUCCUGGCUCAGGGCUCAUUCUACAGGCUAACUUUGUGCACAGUCAGCGGCGGGAAUCUUUCCUGUACCGAUCUGAUAGUGACUAUGACCUCUCUCCAAAAUCCAUGUCGAGGAACUCCUCCAUUGCAAGUGAUAUCCAUGGAGAUGACCUAAUAGUGACUCCCUUUGCACAGGUGCUAGCAAGCCUGCGCACUGUAAGGAACAAUUUUGCUACUCUAACCAACUUGCAAGAACGAGCAUCCACCAGCAAACGCUCACCAAUGUGUAACCAACCACCGAUGAAUAAGCCAAGUUUUACAGAAGAGGCCUACCAAAAACUUGCAACAGAGACCCUGGAGGAGCUUGACUGGUGCCUGGACCAGCUGGAGACCCUACAGACCAGGAAUUCUGUCAGUGAGAUGGCCUCCAACAAGUUCAAGAGGAUGCUCAAUCGGGAGCUUACUCACCUCUCUGAGAUGAGCCGUUCUGGAAACCAGGUCUCUGAGUUCAUAUCCAGUACAUUUUUGGACAAGCAGCAUGAGGUUGAAAUGCCAUCACAAGCACAGAAAGAAGAAAAGAAAAAGAGGCCAAUGUCACAAAUCAGCGGAGUGAAGAAACUCAUGCACAGCUCAAGCUUAACAAAUUCAAGCAUUACAAGAUUCGGAGUCAAAACUGACCAGGAAGACCUCUUGGCAAAGGAAUUAGAAGAAAUUAACAAAUGGAGCCUUAAUGUCUUUAAAGUUGCUGAAUAUUCUGGAAAUAGACCCUUAACAGUUGUCAUGUACACAAUUUUUCAGGAGCGAGAAUUAUUAAAAACUUUCAAGAUUCCACCAGAUACUUUAAUUACUUAUUUGAUGACCCUGGAAGACCAUUAUCAUGUUGAUGUGGCUUUUCAUAAUAACAUCCAUGCAGCAGAUGUUGCUCAGUCUACUCAUGUUCUCCUGUCAACACCUGCGUUAGAGGCAGUCUUUACAGACCUGGAAAUUCUUACUGCAAUAUUUGCAAGCGCUAUUCAUGAUGUAGAUCACCCUGGGGUCUCAAACCAGUUUCUUAUUAACACAAACUCAGAACUUGCCUUGAUGUACAAUGAUUCAUCAGUGCUGGAGAACCAUCAUUUGGCUGUUGGCUUUAAACUACUGCAAGAAGAGAACUGUGAUAUUUUCCAGAAUUUGACUAAGAAGCAAAGACAGUUGCUUAGGAAAAUGGUCAUAGACAUUGUUCUUGCUACAGACAUGUCCAAACAUAUGAAUUUACUGGCUGACUUGAAAACAAUGGUAGAAACAAAAAAGGUUACAAGCUCUGGAGUACUCCUCUUGGAUAACUACUCAGACAGAAUCCAGGUUCUGCAAAACAUGGUACACUGUGCAGACUUAAGCAAUCCAACAAAACCUUUGCAGCUAUACCGACAGUGGACAGAUAGAAUAAUGGAAGAGUUCUUUCGCCAAGGAGACCGAGAAAGGGAAAGGGGAAUGGAAAUAAGUCCCAUGUGUGAUGAGCACAAUGCCUCUGUUGAAAAAACACAGGUGGGUUUCAUUGACUACAUUGUCCAUCCUUUAUGGGAGACAUGGGCCGAUCUGGUCCAUCCUGAUGCACAGGACAUGUUGGAUACACUGGAAGACAAUAGAGAAUGGUAUCAGAGCACAAUCCCACAGAGCCCUUCGCCUGCCCCCGAUGCUGAUGGGGAGGGACGGCCAGGACAAGUGGACAAGUUUCAAUUUGAGUUAACACUAGAGGAAGAUGGGGAAUCAGAUACUGAAAAAGACAGUGGAGGUAGCCAAGGUGAGGAUGACAAUAGCUGUAGUGAUUCCAAGACACUUUGUACCCAGGACUCUGAAUCAACAGAAAUUCCAUUGGAUGAGCAAGUAGAUGAAGAAGAGGGUCCAACAGAUACCUCGAGGGAGCAGGAGACAGAGGAGGAAGAAGACGAGAAGGUUGCAGGUACAUAACAAUGAUGAUGGGAAAGAUAUCUUGGAAGCAACUUCCAAGCACAUCUGUAGCUACAGCCAAGGCCAAGUUUCAUCCUCAUCUACUAGUACUUUGUGUAUGACAAAGCCUAGAAUCAUCUAGAUGACUCUGUACUCAGGAAUAACAUGUCAGAAUUUCAGCUCCACAGCAUUAUUUAAGCAUGAGGAAUCCAUUUCAAAACUGGUUGAUCGUUAGCACUAUCAGAUUCAUGAAUCUGAAAUAGGAAUGGAUUACUUUGGUGGGACAAAAAUAUUAAACCAAAUGUGGGUUUUGUUUUUUCAAAGCUGUAGAAGUUUGAGGUUUUUCAUUUACAGGUGAGAAUAAAGUAUAGAAAUCCAUUCAUGAGAUCAAGCUAAAGACACUGGUUUCAGCAAAUGUAGUUUGGAAUACACAGUAUUGUAUGAGUCUGGAAUCAGUGAGGAUCUGUCACCGGUAGGAAAAUCCAUCAUUUAUGGAAAUCGUGAGAUGUUUUAUAAUUUCAAGUCUUCCUUGAAACCUGACUGUAAAACUGUACAGCUGUAAGUUGUACUGACCUCUUUUUGUAUCAUAUGUAAUACAGAGAACUUUUUUAGAUUUUACUUUUAUUAAUACAGAUUUAUGGACGUAUUAUAUUUAAAAAUGAUUUGAGAUUUCAUUUGUUAUUAGAGAUUAAAAGUAACUUGCAAGUUCUCUGUACAGUUCUGUAAUGCUGAGUACAAGUAGUUCCUUACUAUCUUAGACCUUGCCAUUUUAUCACUUUGAUACCUUUUCAGGCAGUUAUUGUCUGGGGGUAAAGCUCAAAUGCCGCACAACCGGAUGUUACAUGUUUCACACUCUUCUUUUACUUUAGCAAUUGUAUUAAAAUGCAUUGCACUCAAAGUAACACAUUAUUGAAAUGCUGCCCAGCUAUAGUUGCUGGAAACAUCUUGAAAGCAGACAAUCAACCUUGAUAGGCUGUCUCAAGAGUCGGGGAUAAAAUGCACUGAAUUUCAGAACACUCACAUUUUCUUGCCAAAAUGUCCUCUUGAGCUGCACAUUGCUUGUAAAGCGAAACAUUAUAUUGCAUUAAAUGGCUUUUAAGAUUCCAGUAAACAUUUCCAUAUUGUGCAGAGUUGUGUAGGUUACUGUACAGCAAUGUGCAGAAUCUCCACAUUACUACACUUUAGCUUGCAAGUUACUGUACCAAUAUAAAGCUUUUUGUCUUCUCCUGCUCCCCAUCUCCUCACAUGGAUAUCUUGGUGAGUGUAUGUGGAUGGAACAAACUGUAAAACUUGAAUAAGUCGGGCUGUUAUAGACACCUAUUGAAUGAGGUUACUUUACUGCAUUAUUUAAUUUUGUUGCCAUACUUUUUUUUUCCUCACCAGAUGACCUUACUUGUAAUCCAGUCUUGUUUGUCUCUGUUUACAACCAUGUAUUUAUUGAACUGUACAUACUGUAAUGUUUAUUGUAAAUUAUUGAUUCUUAUAACAUAAUUCCUAAUGGGUGGUGUUACUGUAUGGGAAACUCCUGGUGAAAGACUGAAAAUACUUAUUCCUGUAAAUUUGUCUUCUAAAAUAUUACAUCGCCUAGAGCUUGGCUGAGGAGAACUAUGAGGAAAUCGACACUCGAUGUGGAGUGGUUGCAGGUCUUUGGCCCCAGGGCUGUGCCUUAACUUUCUCCAAUAAUUUGCUGUCUGCUGCAUUUUAAAGUGUAUGAGCUGAGUGACAGCUCGAUGAAAGGGGAAAAUCUUUCCAAAAAAAAAAGGCCCUCCUUUUUGACACGCAAACUGUAGAUUUCAGCAGCCCUGGCCCAAAGGAAUUGGACAUUUUUUUUGGUUUAUUGAAUUAAAUAGUAAUAAAGAGAUUAUACGGAAAAAAAUGUUAUCUACGGAGACUCCUGAACAAUUUAUUUUGUUUUAAAUAUGUCUUUAGAGCACCAAGUUGUCUUGAGGUUGCAAAACAAGAAUAUUUCAAUGUUUUCCUAGUCUCUUACGGUCUAUGAUAUAGUACUGUACGUCAUGCUGAGAAAACUUCAUAAAAUGUUUUUAUAUGCAAUGAAAAAAUAAAAGCAUGAAUUGAUUCUA